AUGAUGAGACUACAAGGGAAUGGCGCGCUGCACCAGGGCGACCUUGACGCCGCUGAAAAGGAGAGACAAAUGGAGAGGGUCCGUGCUGCUGAAGAAGACACGGUGAAGGGCGACAAUGGAAACGGGAAGCAGAAGAAAAUUCAGCAUUGUAGGACGGACGGCCACUCUAACCGACUGGUGUGUGUGUGUUCUUCUGCAGAUGAGACAGAAUAUGAGUACAGCGGGAGUGAAGAGGAGGAAGAGGAGCGAGACGUGGGGGAGCCAAGCUCCAUCAUCAACAUCCCCGGUGAGUCGACAUUAAGGCGGGACUUCCUGCGUCUGCAGCUGGCCAAUAAGGAACGCUCUGAGGCUCUGAGGCGCCAGCAGUUGGAACAACAGCAGAACGAGGAACACAAGCGCCUCCUACUGGCCGAACGACAGAAACGCAUAGAGGAGCAGAAAGAACAGAGGAGGAGACUGGAGGAGCAACAGCGUAGGGAGCGUGAGUUGAGGAAGCAGCAGGAGAGAGAACAGAGGAGGCACUAUGAGGAGAUGGAACAACUACGGAGAGAUGAGGAGAGGAGGCACGCGGAGAGAGAACAGGAGUAUAUCCGUAGACAGCUGGAGGAGGAACAGAGACAGUUAGAGAUCCUACAGCAACAGCUUCUACAGGAGCAGGCUCUACUGCUGGAGCAGGCUCUACUGCUGUUUUGCUCCGCCGAGCUGAGCUUCUUUGAGAAGAAGGCACAGGGGAGGAGCUUCGGUGGCUUACCCGAGCGUUGA